AUGCUCUCACGUGUUGCUGCAGUGAAGGCACCCCGCACACACAACCGUUGCCGCGUGACCGGAUCCAGCGGAAGGAGGAGGGAAGGAAGAGAGAGUGAGCCGCAGAGGCCUAACAUGUCCCGGCAUGUGUUUACUUCCGCGGCGCUGCACCUCCUCGUCGUGAUGUGGAUGUGCUGCGGCCCCUGUGAAGCUGCGGCCGCAUCGACGGGUGAGAAUUCAGUGAAUGCGCGGCAGCCACAGAGAUUUGAUCUAUUUGUGCCGCAGAAGACGGUGUUGCUGCCGAGAGGUGGAGGUAAUUCAGAAAAGAAGUGGGAUUCAUUUGCUUCACCCUCUCUUGUCAGUGCUGGUGGCGUAAUUGCUGCCUUCGCCGAAGGUCACCUGAGCUCCAAAAAUAAAGAUAAUAAAUCAACUGAGCCCUCUUCUGAUGCAGUUGCUUGGUACAUUGACUCUGCGUGGGAAUGGUCCACUCUUGUUGGUGAGGCCAAAAAAAGUACAUGGCAAGCACACACCGUGCUUGGUAAAGUGGAUGGAAAGGAGCGUUUUGAUGUUGUGCUCCGCCCCACAACCACCACGAAGGACAAUAAGGUGUUUCUUCUUGCGGGAAGCUCUGUUGCGUCCAAUGUAAAUGGGAGUUGGAGUCAUGGCGGCUUGAAACUGAAACUAGUUGUGGGUGAUGUCAGGAAGCCUACGGACAGCGAGCAGAGUGGUCGGAUCAAUUGGGGCGAAGUCCAAUCACCGUUGAACGAGAACUCUGGAGCUGUUCAAGAAAGAAAAUUGACGGCGUUUGUUGCUUCCGGUGGCGCAGGUGUUCUGAUGGAGGAUGGCACCAUUGUGUUUUCUCUGAUGGCGAGGAAUGAAGAAGAAGACGUUUACUCCAUGAUCAUUUAUUCGAAGGACAACGGCAGUACCUGGGCGCUCUCAAACAGUGUUUCUUCUGCGAAAUGCGUUAACCCCCGCAUCACCGAGUGGGAGGGAUCACUUCUCAUGAUUGUUGACUGCGAGGAUGAACAGAAGGUGUACGUGUCGCGUGACAUGGGGACAACGUGGACGGAGGCCAUCGGGAAACUCUUGGGCGUGUGGGUCAACUCAGGAUCGGGAGCCUCUCAGGAUUCAAGCCUGCAUGUGGAUGCCCUCAUCACCGCGACCAUUGAGGGAAGGAGGGUCAUGCUGUACACUCAGAGAGGGAACUCCUUGGGGGAAAACGCCAAUCCGCUCUACCUUUGGGUCACGGACAACAACCGCUCGUUUCAUGUUGGACCGGUAGGCAUGGACAAUGCUGAAAAGGAGGAGCUUGAGAGCGCACUGCUGUACUCGGAUGGCAAGUUGCAUCUUUUACAACGGAGGGGCAGUGGUGAAGGCAGUGCCAUUUCACUCUCCCGCCUGACGGAGGAACUGAAGGAAAUUGAGUCCGUCCUCAGUACUUGGGCGCAAAAGGACAUUUUCUUCUCCAGCUUGUCUAUACCCACGGCGGGUCUGGUGGCAGUUUUGUCCGAUGCGGCCGGGGAUGGGAGGUGGAACGACGAGUACCUUUGCCUGAAUGCAACGGUUAAGAAUGCGGUAAAGGUCAAAGAUGGGUUUCAGUUGACGGAGUCUAACUCCGGGGUACUAUGGUCUGUGAACACUCGGGACAAUAAUUUGCGGCAUGUGUUUUUGAGCCACGACUUCACAGUUGUGGCGACGGUGAUCAUCCAAAAUGUUCCGAGUGGGAAAACUUCUCUACUGACUGCGACUUUGGCGAAUACUGAGUCCAAUUAUACCAUGGGACUGUCGUACACCGCGGAUAACAAGUGGGAGACGAUUUCCAAAGGCGAUAAAAAACCAACAACGGAAAGCAGGCCUUGGGAGCCGAAGAAAGAAUACCAGGUGGCACUCAUGCUCCAAGGCAAAAAGGCCUCUGUGUACAUUGAUGGUCGGUCGCUGGGGGAAGGAGAAGCGCUGCUAACAGAUGAGAAGUCACUUGAGUUUGUGCACUUCUGCUUUGGUGCGUGCGUUCAGGAGUCAAGUCCGACGGCCGCCGGCCAGAAAACUAAGGUGACGGUUACGAACGUCUUUCUGUACAACCGCUCACUGAAUUCCACUGAGAUGCGUGCAAUCAAGGACAGGAUCCCCAUUCCGAAGAGAGGCCCGGGAUCACAGGUGGAGGGUGGAACGGAAAGGAGGCAUAUCCCUCGGAUUGAGGGUGUGCGAGCCAAUGCGCCUGUUGGGAGCGGACUGCUGCCGCUGCUUCUUCUGCUGGGACUGUGGGUGUUUGCGGCUUUGUGA